AUGGAGGCCACCACUACACUCACGCUCUCCUCGUCCCCUGCCGCCGCGGCCCGCCGCUCGCCGACGAGGGCGACCAUCUCCCACCCCCACCUCCGGCAUUACCCCGUCCGCACUUCCCGCCUCAGCGUUGCCCAGAGCCUGGCCUCACGUCCCCUAUCCUCGGGUUGGAGGCGGCGCCGGAGGGGGAGCGGGCUGGUGGUGCGGGCAGAGACGUUCGGGCAGCUCACCACCGGGCUCGAGUCCGCGUGGAACAAGCUGCGUGGCGUCGAUGUGCUGACGAAGGAAACCAUUGUGGAGCCGAUGCGGGACAUCAGAAGAGCACUUCUGGAAGCAGAUGUUAGUUUGCCGGUUGUCAGACGGUUCGUGUCGUCUGUGGGCGAGAAGGCUUUAGGUUCAGAUGUUAUCCGAGGAAUCCGACCGGAGCAGCAAUUAGUCAAGAUUGUGCAUGAUGAACUUGUUCAACUGAUGGGUGGAGAGGAAUCAGACUUGGUGUUCGCAAAAACUGGCCCCACAGUCAUCCUACUGGCAGGUCUGCAAGGUGUUGGGAAGACUACUGUUUGUGCAAAACUUGCAUUCUAUCUGAAAAAACUGGGGAAGAGUUGUAUGCUGGUCGCUGCAGAUGUUUACAGGCCUGCUGCCAUUGAUCAACUCACUGUACUGGGUGAACAGGUGGGUGUGCCAGUUUACUCAGAAGGAACCGCGGCCAAACCUGCAGAAAUAACCAAGAAUGCCGUGGAAGAGGCGAAAAGAAAUAAUAUUGAUGCGAUCGUAGUGGAUACUGCUGGCAGACUGCAGAUUGAUAAAACAAUGAUGGUUGAAUUGAAAGAAGUAAAGAAGGCAGUUAAUCCUACAGAGAUUUUGCUUGUUGUUGAUGCCAUGACUGGCCAGGAAGCUGCAGCAUUGGUCACAACCUUCAAUAUUGAAAUUGGUAUAUCCGGUGCUAUAUUGACUAAAUUGGAUGGUGAUUCCAGGGGUGGAGCAGCACUUAGUGUGAAAGAGGUGUCUGGAAAGCCCAUCAAGUUUGUUGGGCGAGGAGAGCGAAUGGAGGACCUUGAGCUUUUCUAUCCCGACCGCAUGGCACAACGUGUUUUGGGAAUGGGAGAUGUCCUUUCAUUUGUUGAAAAAGCACAAGAAGUCGUUCGCCAAGAGUGGAACUGCAGAAGAAGAUCAUGA